UGUCCCGAUUCUGCAUACACAUUACGGUUUUUCAGGAGAUUUCAGUGUUUACAAUGAGAAUUAACGAAAAAUUGAAUUUUUGGGAUGCCUGCAAGUGAUAAGCAUAGUGUGGCUGUGUUCAAUGUGCAAUCUUUAACUGUAAUUCCUAGUGUGUUAAUUGUUUACUGAGAUGUUAAGCCGAUUUUCUGAUGUCCUGCAAUCAGCAGCAGACGUCCUGGCACCUCCAGCCACCCGCUUGGAGGACUUUGAGUACCAUUGGAAGAUGAUAAUAAACUUCUACCAGAACUAUGAUGACAACAGCAAGGGCCACAUUGAAGAUACCAGGAUCCCUCACCAUUUACACCAAAUGUUGCAGUUAAUAGUAGAUGAAGAGAAAGAGCAGCAAGGUGGCACAGUCGGUCCUUGCUUAGAGGCAAUAGUUCAGCGCUCCAUAUCACUACUGGAUGCCCUCGCGGCGUUAGCGGCUUCGGACCGGCCUCCAGGCGCUCGUGCGUUGGCGUUGAGUGCAGCGUCGGCACUACUGCGCCGGACUAGGCAGCCGUGCGUUAAUAGUGCUCAUGUGUACCGGCCUUUACAGCGUAUGCUCAUACAAUGCAACGAAAGCCCCGCUUCCCCAACCGAAAAGGAAGAGGUGGAACUACUCCUAACGCUCUGCGGCCUAGUGCGAAAAGAGCCUGGCUUGGCCAACAUCUUCACAACACCAUUCGUCGAAGACAAGUCCAGUUUGCUCAGCACGCCAGAAGAUAUACAGAAGUUAAUACCAAUGAAAAGUAAAGUACAAACGCCAAAGAAGAAUCCUUUAUUCGAAGUGGAACUGCCCCCGAAUCCGUUAAGGAAUGUUUCUAUUAUAAGGACGACGGGGGACGGUAACAGUAGUUGUUCGGCUGAUGAUAAUGCGUCGUGCAAGAGUCAGAAGACCGUAUAUGAUGAUAAUGACAAGUUUUUGCUCAUUGAUUUGUUGCUGUCGUAUUUGAAUAGUGCUGAUAACCAAGUAGUCCUAAGAGCGUGCGAAGGCAUUAUGAUAGUGUCGUCCCUCCCUGACGAUGACAUCGCUAACCUAGUGACGACCUGUAGCCCCGCUUGCGAGCUGAUUAUCGAUAAACUGGCCGACAAGUAUAAAGCUAUACCGGCCAAUGUUGACCCUAAUGAUAUCGACCACUUGAACAUAACAUGGGCGUACGUAGCACAAGACUUCGGUGAUAAAGACUACAACAAGUUCCACGGUUACAGAGAACUUACGAGUUUCUUCUCCUGGCUCGACUACUGUGAUACUCUGAUGAAGGAAUGCCACCCCACGAUAUCGGCGCACCUCUCCCGAACGUUCCGCCAGAACUUUCUAGAAGGUGCCGCGGAGGCAGGACUAUCGGACGCACUUCGAGCUUUAAGGGUUACUGCUAUUCUUAGCAAAUGCCUCAAGCUGGUCGACUCCACGGACCUAGCACUAGAAUUCUCCAACUGGCUUGUGGGUGAUGGGGAGCUGUCAGAGUGGCCGCUCCUGCACACGCUCAUCACUAACUGCCUCACGGACAACCACGAACUCACGCUGGAGACACUCCGGUUCUUUGAGACAAUAGUGGAGAAAGGCACGGAGCACAGCAUUCACAGACUAGUGUUGUCCCGCGUGUGCUCCCGCGGCUACGUGGCGCCGCCCCCUCCCGACGACGACGAGCGAGACAGGCUCAACGACGUGUCGCUGUGGCGCGAGCGAGAGAGAAACAGGGAAGCGAUGAAGCAGCUGCAGCACGAGGAGCACGUGAACGAGCAGAUCAGCGACAUCCUGCAGACCGAGGGGCUGCAGCCCGAGCCGCGGGACUCGGAGAACAUACACAGGGUUAUCAACAGCUUCCUGCUGCUGCUGCCGCGGGCCAUCUUGUCCGACCCGGUGGGGGCUGACUAUGAACAUUACAUACACGAUGCGCAUAGGCAUUAUCAGUUCUGGUUGGACGUGACGUCGACCUUCAACUGGCCGUCGGAGCUGCUGGCCGACACCACCUCCUCCACGCACAGCUACGACAGCCGCCCCGAGGCGGACUUACACCUCGACGACGUCUUCCAGCCCAAGGACACCUGCCACUCCUGCCAACACAACUUCACACAACGACUCGUCCUUAGAUCGCAAGACCUAACCGCCAACGAAGAAGAUUUCGACGAAGGACCCUUCUUCAGAAUGCUGUUCAAACUACUCGCAAACAUGCCCAACCAGCCAUACCAACUCAACUUGCACCUCACUUCAAUAAUAUCCAAGCUAGCGUUACUCCCACAUCCUAACUUACAUGAGUACUUACUUAACCCCAUGCUACCCACAUCCAAGAAGACGGUUACCCUGUUCAAAACUCUGCAGGAGUUGGCGAAACGCCUGACCAUGGAGAUACCUCGGUUGAGGAAUUAUAAGAAGGUCAUAGAGAACACGAGACAGCAUUUGAUGAGUGCGGAUCCUAUAUUUGAUGAAAGCUGUGACCACAACCAACUGGUGGAAAGCCUAAUAGUCCUAGAAGAGUUCUGCAAGGAGCUCGCCGCCAUCGCCUUCGUAAAGUACCAGCACGCUCACGUCAACAGAUAAAACUAGUUACCACCUUCUCAAGGAAUCACGGACCAAUGGGUGAAUGUUCAGCUCAUAUAGAGAACCAAUAUAGGCCUGAGUGGACGCUCGGUGCGCAGCUUUCGCGGCGGACAAGCGUGCAUACAGUCUAUGCAGCGUCGACUGAGGACACUUGUAGCUUCAAUCGCUUGACGUGUACGCCGCACGCCCCGCCCCGCUGGGGCCCAUUUCUAGAAAGUUUUUUUUUUACUAGCCUAUAUGGUGAAGGGGAGGCCUUUGUCCACUGCUGGGCAAAGGCCUCCCCUUCCUUUCCCCAGUGAGGAACGGUUUGAUAACCGCUCUUGCCAGUUGCUGCAAAAUACGUCGAGGUCGUCCCGCCAUCUCUUCUUUGGUCGUCCUCUGCCCCGACUAAUUUGCGGUAACCACUCAGUCGUCACUUUGGCCCACCGUUCCGGGUGCAUCCGGCAAACAUGCCCUGCCCAAUCCCACUUAAGUUUGGCUGUCUUAGCACCCACAUCUAUUAUACCAGUUUUGGAGAAAGUUAUUAGUCUAAAGCUGAGUUUAGACCAACAAGUUAUUGCUGCAAGUUUUGAGACGCAACUAUAGGUAAGAGUGAGUGGCAAAUAUCUGCAUCUCUUUCUUGCAUAUACUUCUGUCUCAAAACUUGCAGCAAUAACUUGCACGUCUAAUCUCAACUUAAUAAUAUUAGUGUGUUGUCAUGGCAACCCAUACGAUUUGACAGUUCGUGGACUAACAAUAUCAGUCUAAUAUUGUUUGAGAAAUGGGCCCCUGCACGUCACAUAUGAGCGUGCACAGGCGUUAUAGUCAGGCGGUUGCACCAAACCGUCUGUUUCCGAAUUUAGCGUUCGUAUUUCUUUUUUGUAUGGGAAUUUCCAUAGACUUCUGCUGCGUGACGUUGAUGUGUCUGUUAACUGUGGUUGAUGCAACCGGCUAAGUUGGCUACAAUUUUGACGCCACACACUGUGCAGGGGUUACUUUAAAACGUCAAACUUCUGUUGAUAAAAUUGACGUUUACGUCGUUUACUUAACAAGUAAAGUCUGCCCUGUCGACAUCGCUGCCAACUUUUCUUAAGAGCGAAAACAAACAAGCUUCUGAUAUAAUUUAUAAAUUGAUAACGGAAAACAAAAUUAUUUUUGUAAAAUCGACGUGAAAUUGUGCGAAUGUGGAGUUAUACGUCAACCUGGCGCUAUUUUCUCUCCGCGAACUCGCGAAGUCGUGUCUCGAUUAACGCACGUUGUCUGGAGACGGCUGUCAAGAAGGCAUGGCACCAUGGUUUUUAAAUACUUUUUUAAUGUUUACUUGUUUACCAAAAGUUUGCAUUGAUGCUGGUUCAAUAUUUGGUCCGUUUAGUGGUCAUUUCAUUUUGAUGUGUGGCAAUAAUGCUGAAAUGCAGUUUUUACGCUAGAAUAUUCGCCCCUAAACUGCUAGACUAUGAAUGGCUUAGUUUGUUUUACUCGAAUAAUAUAGACAAUCUUUAUCAUUAGAACUGUGUUCACUAUACUUAUGGGUCAUUGUUUUUGUAUUUUUUUCUGAUUGAGAAAAAGUUAAUCUAAAUUAGCGUAUUUUUACGUGGUCCUAAUACUCGAAAAAUUAUUUGUAAUUCGAAAAAAGUGAGGGUUGACAGAUGUUUAUGUAUAUAACAGUUAUGGCCGCAAAUAAAGCAUUUGUCUCUUUCACUCUUAUACUGAUCAGAAAGAGAGAUCUGUUGUACUGAAGAAAGGAUCCAACCGACUGCGCCAUGCCUGUUGUUUUUUUUAGGGUAUCAUUGUUGGUAUUUAUUUUAUGAAUCAAGUCACUUAGACCUAAUGAAGUUAAGUUAUGCUUUUAUUACGCUUAUUCAUUAUUUAAUUUCUAACUAUAAAAUUUAUUUUAAUAAACUAGUCUUACAUUUAUUGUUAACAUAAAUAAACCUUAGUUUGUUUAUUGAAAGUUAUAAGUUUAUUGGUACGGUCAAAUGCAUCAUAAAACCAUGAUUUACGUUUUUAUAAAUACUUGGUCACAAUUUUUACAUGUACAACUUAUUUAUAUGUCACCAGUGACCUAUUUAACGAAACUACGUUACCAUGGUCGCUUCCUAAUACUAAAAAUUAUAAAACCAUAGCACAACUUAAUAUUUAAAAAGUCCUACUUUAUUUGAAUAUAUGUUAUUACUGUCAAUAAAAUUUCCGUAGAGUAUUGUUACUUUUAAUGUAGAUAUAUUUUUCACCAGCACGACCGCUUGGUGUCCAUGAAAAAUCAUAUGUUCUACACGUUGACUAGCAAAAUGGCGAUGGUUUUCCCGUACAAACUAUAAUAUAAACCAAGACCUUGUACAGCCAGGCAAAAGAGCAGAGAUUAAUAGCGUCGCCACCAUCCAUGUAAAUCGUUUUUCAUGUAGCAACUAUUGAGUUGACUUUUGUAUAGACCAAGGAGCCAUCUCUCGAAGCUACAAGUUACAAUUUACAACCGGUAGUCAAUUUCUAAUAUGACAAGUUGGAAAGAGACUUUCGCUUGUAACUUGUUACUUUCAGUUUUCAGAAAUGGGCCACAAGUAGUGUUGUUAUGAUAAUAAAAAAAGUAAUUUCCAUUUCUACUCUUUUUGUCAUGCUGCAUUAUCAAACUUAGAAGAUAAAAAUAACGUUGUGAAAUACAUAAACUUUAAAAGAGUUAUUUUGUAUCACCGUAAAUAAAACAAUUAAAAGUGUUAAUGGAAAAUAAUGUAUUAUUUAGUUUAGUGUAGCUUAUUUAUUACAUUCCCUAUUUAAUAAUGCGUUAUAAAGCUACAGGAUGACACCUUUCAUUCUCAUUUACGACAUACUUAGAGUUAUCCCGCGAUACCAGAAACCACUGAUGAAAACACCAGUUAUUAACUUUCAUCAACUUACAAAAUAAUAAAGUUACAAAAAACUGAAUAAUUUAAGUUCAAAAUAUCAACAUGAAAGGUUUAUCUUAUAAAUUUAUAAUAUAAGGUACACAUAGCAUAAUUUACGUGAUAUUUCUGUGCACAACAUUGUUACCUGUUUCGCCUGUUGAAUAAAAUGAAUUAAAAACUAAUUUAUCAAG